ACUGCAUAUUUUAUUCUGUGUAAACUGUCGUCUGUCAUAGUUUUAUACGAGUCACAAUUCCAAAUACAAAUUUAAUAUUCUUAAUAAAUUCUACUCACAAUAACACUGGGUCACUGGCCUAAUAGAAAAAAGAUAGUUUUUAAAUUGAUAGUCCAAAUUCGAAUUUCUUUUUCCUUGUAAGUAACCUUCCUGCUCGACAAUUCAACGUUUUUCUUGGUUUUACUUUUACAUAUUUUUGUGAAGAAAUUUACAAUGGAUCCGAUUGCGGUUUUACAAAGCAGAAUUGAACAACUCGAAGCUAAAUUAGGUUUACCCUCUAAUUCACUUAUUGAGGGACAACAAGGUGAUUCAGUAACAGUAAAUCUUAUAAAUACUGCGCAAGCUAUCAAUAAUGCUACUGCGGGACAUGAAAAACUAGCUCAGGCUCAGAAUAUGGCCUCGGAAUUGAACAACUACACCGAUCCAAACUUUAUAGAAAACAUGCAACAAAAUACUAUGAAUAUGCAUGAAAUAGCAGCUGCAGAGCCUGUGAUCAAACAUCACUGUCAUUGUAUGCAUAGAUGUAAACAGGCUGCACCUGUAUUGGAGUCAGAAGUGUUACAACAAGUUCCCCAGAUGCAGGAAGCUGUUAAUAACAUGCAUAUUGCCGCUGCAGAAGUGAAGGCAGAAGCUGAUGGGGUAUCCCAAGGAAUUCAAGAACUGGCUGAAACUUGCGGUGCUGCUGCUUCUAAUGCUUCAGAACAACUUACUAAUGUAGCUCAAAAGGUUGAGCAAGUUGAACAAAAAAUGUUUCCUAAAAGACGAAAUGGAUUAGAUUAAAUAAUUCAGAUCUGUUUUACAUUAUGUUAAAGUAUUGUUUUAUAUUUAUUUAAUUGCUUAAAUUG